AGUCAAAGCCCAGCUCAUGGAAGUACAGAGGAAUAUCGGGCCCCAGCAGACGCUCAGCAGCAGCAUGUGUGAGGCGACGCAGAGAUCCUGCGAGCCGCGGAGGAAGAGGACGGAGGAGCGCACUGCGCCCUCGGAGAUGGCGAGGAUCAUCACCGACCCGGCCACGGGAAAGUGCUACUGCCGUGGGAAAGUUUUGGGAAAGGGAGGGUUCGCAAAAUGCUACGAGAUGACAGACCUCUCCACCAGCAAAGUUUACGCAGCCAAGAUCAUCCCACAUUCACGCGUCUCCAAACCGCACCAGCGGGAGAAGAUUGACAGAGAGAUAGAGCUGCACAGAGUUCUGCACCACAAACACAUAGUGCACUUCUAUCAUCAUUUCGAGGACAAGGAGAACAUCUACAUCCUGUUGGAAUACUGCAGCAGAAAAUCGUUAGCUCAUAUCCUCAAGGCUCGCAAGGUGCUUACUGAGCCAGAGGUGCGUUACUAUCUCAGGCAGAUUGUCUCUGGACUGAAGUAUCUGCACGAACAAGAGAUCCUGCACAGAGACCUGAAACUUGGUAACUUCUUUGUCAGCGAGUCGAUGGAGCUGAAGGUCGGGGACUUUGGUCUGGCUGCCAAGUUGGAGCCGGUAGGAAACCGAAGGAAGACGAUCUGUGGGACUCCCAACUACCUGUCCCCUGAGGUGCUGAACAAGCAGGGCCACGGCUGUGAAUCAGACAUCUGGGCCCUCGGCUGCGUAAUGUACACCAUGUUGUUGGGCCGACCACCGUUUGAAACCACCAACCUGAAGGAGACCUACAGGUGCAUCCGCGAGGCGAGGUACUCCCUGCCCUCGUCCCUGUCGCCACAGGCCAAGCAGUUAAUCGCCAGCCUGCUCGCCAAGAUCCCAGAGGACAGGCCCAACCUGGACCACAUUCUGAGGCACGACUUCUUCACACAGGGCUUCAGUCCCGAGCGUCUGUCGGCGAGCUGUUGCCACUCAGCACCAGAUUUCCACGUCUCCAGUCCAGCCAAGAGCUUCUUCAAGAAAGCUGCUGCUGCGCUCUUCGGUGGGAAGAGAGACAAGGUCAAAUACUACGAGACUCUGAACAAGUUAACCAAAGAGGAAGAGGAGAUCUACAAACUGCAGCACGACCUGGAGAGAACUGUCAUCAGCCAACAACAGUGCAAAAAGAUUUCCGAGAAUGGAAGUCUACUUCCGCCAUCUGCAGAGAGCCCCGUCGCCUUGGCAACAGAGAGCCAGUCCCCAACGGCGCGAGAUACCAUCCGUCUGAUCGUCAGGGGGAGUCUGGGAAGCUGCAGCAGCAGCAGUGAAUGUCUGGAAGACAACACAACCGGAUGUGUGGCUGAGACCGUCGCAAGCGUGUUGAGAGGAUGUUUGGAGAAUAUGCCCAAAGCAGACAACGUUCCUCAGGGCUCAACAAGCUGCAGUCUCCAGUGGGUCACUAAAUGGGUGGACUACUCCAACAAGUACGGCUUCGGCUACCAGUUGUCUGACCACACCGUGGGAGUUCUCUUCAACAACGGCACUCACAUGAGCCUCCUUCCUGACAGAAAGACCAUCCAUUACUAUGCAGAGUUGGGCCAGUGCUCUGUUUUCCCCACCUGCGAGGUUCCCGAACACUUUGUCAGCCAAGUCACUGUGCUCAAGUACUUCUCCCACUACAUGGAGGAGAAUCUAAUGGAUGGCGGGGACCUGGGUAGCAUGACAGAAGCACACAUGCCCAGACUCUACCUGCUGCAGUGGCUGAAGUCCGACCGCGCCCUCAUGAUGCUCUUUAAUGACGGCACUUUUCAGGUCAACUUUUACCACGACCACACCAAGAUCAUCCUGUGCUGCCAGAAAGAGGAGUACAUGCUGACGUACAUCAACGAGGACCGCGUCUCCAAAACCUUCAAACUCAGCUCCCUGCUCACGUCCGGCUGCCCCACCGACCUGCGCGAACGCAUGGUGUACUCGCUCAACAUGCUCCUGCAGAGAAGCAGCUAAACUCGGGACAACCUGUUCCUGGACAGUGUGAAACAAGUCGAGCGCCGGUGCUGCCGUGGUGAAAGGAUGAUUCAGAGAGGAUCUCGUUUGAGACCGGAGGACCAAAGAUGGACUUGUGCAAAGUGAAUUAACAUUCCUACAGCGCUGCACCUACGUGACUCAGCAGAGGUGCAGGUGGAAGAAAUAGCAAGAACAAUGCUGAAAGAGAUUGAGAAAAUGAAAUGUAGCACAAUGUCUGUGGAUCGAAAAGGGCUGAUUUGUAUGUCAAUUGUUGUAGGAGAGGAAAGGCCGAGGAUGUCGGUACGAGUGUGAACCCCCAGAUGUUUGGGGGGAAAAGAUGGAUAUUUGGGAAGUAAAGACAAAAGCUGGGCUGGCUCCAGCAUCAUCGUGUAUAGAAUAGUUGAAGCUGUUUGUUAGAGGAAAUCUCAGUAAACUGAUGCUCUGAAUGUAACCAGAGCAAGACUGUGGACUAUCUUAAAUGUUGUACAGUGUAUGUCACAGCCAAUUCAGCAGUGCAAAGAAACCAUUUGACUGUGUGUGUGUGGGUGCUCCAGAGUUCAGCUGUCUGUGUGUGUGUGUGUGUAUGUGUGUAUGUAUGUGUUUGUGUGUGCGAGUGCGAGUGGGAUGGUCGUAAUAUCACAUAACUUUUAAAACUGUGAUUUGUUCUCCCUACUGACAGAUGGACUCAGCCCAUUGAGCUGGGAGGCAGAGGGGGGGAGAUGAAAGUGUAAUCUAAAUUAUUGUGUUUUAAAAAGUGCAGUAUUUAUUUAUUUAAUAAUAAAGAGCAUUUUCUAAAAAAAUAAA